AUGUUGCGUCGUUUUUCAACUCUUGGUUUGACACAAGCUAGAGGCUCUUUUAACAGGACACAAACACUCUGGAAACCUACAUCCAUUUGUUUACAACAACAGAGAUAUGCUGGCCAUAACAAAUGGAGUAAAGUAAAGCAUACAAAGGGCGCUAAAGAUGCAAAGAAGAGUAUCAUGUACUCCAAAAUGUCACUUGAGAUUGUAUCAGCGGCAAGAGCUGGAGGUAUCGAUCCCAGCGUCAACAACAAGCUACAAGCUAUUUUGAACAGAGCCAAAGCAGCCAGUAUGCCCAAAGACAAUAUUGAAAACGCCUUGAAGAAGGCUAGCGACAAGAACAAGGAUGAUCUGGAGAGUGUUCAAUACGAAUGUGUGGGCCCUGGAGGCAUUGCAUUGAUUGUCGAGGCUUUGACUGACAAGAAAUCUCGUACAGUGAAGGAAGUCAAGGAAGUACUGAACAGAGUGGGUGGAUCAGUGUCAUCAGUAGGCUAUUUAUUUGACAAGAAGGGCAAGGUUGUUUUUUCCCCUGGAGAAUCAGGCCAUAGUUUUGAGCAAAUCAUGGACAAUGCCAUUGACUGUGGAGCAGAGGACAUCGAGGAGGAUCCAGAGGAGAAUUUGGUAGAGGUCAUUUGCGAAUUCUCUGAUCUCAACAACGUGUCCAAAGCACUCAUAGACCACAAAUACGAAGUUCAGGAGAUUGAGGCUACUUACAUCCCGCUAAGCACUGUGGAUGUAGAGGAUAAAGACACUGCUGAAUUGGUAGAAAAAUGCCUUGAGGAUAUGGAUAACUUGGAUGAUGUUGUCAAGAUUCACUGUAAUGCAGUUAUCAAUCAAUAA